UUCUUACCCCUAAUGUUAUUGUGAAAAAAAAGAUUAGAAAAAAAUGAAGAUUAAAUAUAAAUUUCAAUUUAAAUAAAUAAAAUAGCAAUGGAUGUUGUUGGACUAAUAAAAAAAAGCUAUCGUGGAUAUGGAACUUUGUUUUCCGAUAAAUUUAGGGAAACAUUCUUGAAAGAGGACACCAAAAACAUAUGGAUAGCAUUGAGUAUAGUUGUGUUAACAACUAUAAUAUUUCUGAGUAUACAUUUAUGGCGGAAAAAUAAAAUUAGAAAACAAUCAAUCAUUGACAGAUUAGCAAGUUCUUUCUUAAAUGAUGGACAAACUAGAUUUCGUAAACGAGAUAAAAUGCUUUUCUAUGGUCGACGGAUGUUGCGUAAAGUUAAAACAAUUAGUGGAAAUGGUGAAAAGGGCAAAAAGCGUCGCGCUGUAAUGAAAUUUGCUAGAAAGCUUCUUCAAAUACAGAAAGAUAAUCUUCAACCAGAACUUCAAGUCACAGAACCACCAGCUGAAUAUUUUGAAGAAGUCGUUGAUCGAAUUGAUAAAGUACCAGCAGAUGCUCUUUAUAUGCUUCAAAGUAUCAGAAUCUUCGGUCAAUUUGAUAAGCCAGUUUUCUUAAACAUCUGCAAGCACACGGAAAUCCUCACACUAAAAGCUGGUGAACAUCUCAUCAAAAUUGGUGAUGCUGAUGAUUCAGUUUUCAUUGUACAAACCGGACAAAUCAACGUAUUUUUAAAUAAUCCCGAUGGCAGCAGCAUUUCACUGAAAGUCGUGAAAAAAGGUGAGACAGUGACGUCUCUUCUCAGUUUUAUUGACGUUAUUGUCGGUAACACAUCACAGUACAAAACAGUCACUGCACGUGCAAUUGAGGAAUCUCAAGUCAUACGAUUACCAAUGUUUGCUUUCAAAGAAGUAUUUGGUGACAAUCCAGAUAUUCUUGUUCGCGUUAUUCAAGUCAUUAUGGUUCGGUUGCAACGUGUCACAAUAAGUGCAUUACACAAUUAUCUCGGUUUAAAUACAGAAUAUAUUCAAGUGUCGAGUAAGAAGAAACAGAAUCCCAACGUUGUGCCACUUUCAAACAUUCCAAAGCCCCAACAUAAGCGACAAAUGUCUGACCAGUUUUCAUUAGUUACAAGUUCUGAUCAACGACCUGAUAUGAUCAACGAUAUUGAGUUUCAUCUUGUUGGAAGGAGAACUUCCAACUUACCACAACCAAGUGACAUUCCAAUUGACGUUGAAUUAAUGAAAAGUGUUGCAAUCGAUGGAUUCCUUAAAGAAUUGGGAUUGAAAGAUGACGACAGACCAUUGAUAUCUGAUACAAUUGAGAUUAAGGAAAUUCCUGCCGGAACAACUUUAACACAUCAAGGUCGAGCUGAUGAUGUUCUCUUGAUUUAUGUCAUCACCGGAGGUUUAACAUUGAUCAAUCAUCAACCAACCAAAGGAACGAAGAAAAAGACUGACGGUAAUUACAUAACAGUACAUCCUGGUGAAGUUGUUGGUGGUCUUGCUGUCUUAACUGGUGAAUCGUCUUUGUACACCAUCAAAUCGAAAUAUUUUACACGAGUCGGUCUACUUACGAAAGAUAGCGUUUAUAAGAUUAUGCAACAACGACCGUCGGUUGUUCUUGACAUUGCUAAUUCAGUUGUCAAAGGACUUAGUGCUUUAGUUCGUCAAUGUGACUUUGCAUUAGAUUGGAUAUUCUUAGAAUCUGGUCGAGCAGUUUAUAGAAAAGGUGAAACAUCAGAUUGCACCUACAUCGUUUUAAAUGGACGUUUAAGAAGUGUUGUUACACAUCCAAAUGGAAAGAAGGAAAUUGUUGGUGAAUUUGGUAAAGGUGAUUUGAUUGGAGUUGUUGAGAUGAUAACAGAAUCACCAAGGACAACGACAGUGAUGGCAGUUCGUGAUUCAGAACUUGCUAAACUUCCUGAAGGAUUAUUUAAUGCAAUUAAGUUGAAAUAUCCUGUGGUUGUCACACAACUCAUCAGUCUGCUAAGUCAUCGUUUGCUUGGGUCAAUGCAAGGAACACCAACAAGCACGAACAUCAUAACUGAUGCAUCGCCAGUUAAACAUCGUUUUUCGACUGUUGCAAUCUUGUCAAUAUCAGAAGAUGUUCCUUUAACUGCUUUCACUUACGAACUUUAUCACUCCCUUUCAUCAAUUUGUCCAUGUGCAAGACUUACAGCUGAUGUUGUAAGGAAAACUCUUGGAAUGAGUAUCAUGGAAUCAUCGAAUGAAUAUCGCCUUACAAGUUGGUUGUCACAACAAGAAGAUCAUCACGACAUCACAUUAUAUCAAUGUGAAAGUGUUUUGACACCGUGGACUCAAAGAUGUUUACGACAAGCUGAUGUGAUUCUUAUUGUUGGCUUAGCUGAUCGAACACCAACGAUUGGAAAGUUGGAACGUGAAAUUGAUCGAUUUGCUAUAAGAACUGCUAAGGAACUUGUUUUACUUCAUCAUGAAGCUACAAGUUCAAACUCGAGACCUACAAACACUGUCGCUUGGUUAAAUCAAAGAUCGUGGGUUAGUAAACAUCACCAUAUUCAAUGUCCUAAGAGAAUGUUUACGAGAAAAAGUCAAUACAGAGUCAAUGAUCUCUACACGAAAGUUCUCAAUUCAGAGCCGAACAUACAUUCAGAUUUUUCACGACUUGCACGAUGGUUGACAGGAAAUUCAGUUGGACUUGUGCUUGGCGGUGGUGGCGCUCGUGGUGCAGCCCAUGUUGGAAUGCUUAAAGCUAUCCAGGAAGCAGGAAUUCCUAUUGAUAUGGUUGGCGGUGUUUCAAUUGGUGCAUUUAUGGGAGCUUUAUGGUGUUCUGAAAGAAACAUUACGACAGUGACACAAAAAGCAAGAGAAUGGUGCAAGAAAAUGACUCAUUGGGGACUUCAACUUCUUGAUUUGACUUAUCCAAUCACAUCGAUGUUUAGUGGUAAACAAUUUAAUCAAACAAUUCGAGGGACAUUUGGUGACAUUCACAUUGAAGAUUUGUGGCUUCCUUACUUUACAUUAACAACUGACAUUACAGAAAGUUGCGCCAGAAUUCAUAUGCACGGAAGCUUAUGGCGUUAUGUUCGGAGUUCUAUGAGUUUAGCUGGUUACAUGCCACCAUUGUGUGAUGCUAAAGAUGGACAUUUGUUAUUGGAUGGUGGUUACGUCAACAAUUUGCCAGCUGAUGUGAUGCGAGCACAAGGAGCAGCUCACAUUAUAGCUGUUGAUGUAGGAUCACAAGAUGACACUGACCUUACUGAUUAUGGCGACGACUUGAGUGGUUGGUGGGUGUUGUACAAAAGAUACAAUCCAUUCACAUCUCCUGUGAAAGUUCCAGCCAUUCCUGACAUUCAAUCACGAUUGGCUUAUGUGUCUUGUGUUCGUCAACUUGAGCAAGUGAAAAACAGCGAUUAUUGUGAAUAUCUUCGUCCACCAAUUGACAAAUAUAAAACUUUGGCGUUUGGAUCAUUUGAUGAGAUUAAAGAAGUCGGCUAUGCAUAUGGGAAAGAACAUUUUGAGAAGCUUGCAAAGACUGGAGGACUCUCAAGAUUUAAUAAAUGGACACAACAGAAGAAUGGCGAUGACAAUGAGAAGUCAAGUCAACCACUAACUCAAUACACUUUCGUUGAUCUUGCACAGAUUGUUUGUAAAGUUCCCGUAACGUGUCAAGACCGUCACAGCGAUGAGAUGUCAAGUGAAGACGACUACUUUGGCGGAUAUGUCAGCGAACCAACAAGUUUACGAGCAAAUGUUAAAGUCAUGAGACAGCUUCGUACCGGUGGUUCACUUUCACUUUCAGAAAACGAAUAUGAAUCAGAUUCAGAAUCUGAUGCACCUGUAGAUACAGAACCAACAGUAAAAGAAGCUUAAAAUUUGUAAUCGAUCAAAGAAAAUCGAUUUUAUUUAAAUAAAAAGAAAAUUAUUCUGUUAAAGCUUUGUGAAAAA